AUGGAGCACACCCCUCAGCUAUCUGAAUAUGGUGAUGGUGAGGAUCUACAGCAGGAAGAAGAUACCAUUUGUCAAGACAAAUGUAUGGAACCUGACACGCCUGACAAUUACAGUCAUCUUGAUAGCGAUGUUAGCAGUGGCUCAGAGUCUUUCGCCUGUCAGCACUGUGAGAGGUGUUUUACCAGCCACCAGGCCUUGGAAGAACACAUCCAUAGCCACUCUUUGAUGGUGAUUGUGCCAGAAACAUUCACAAGCAAGAAGGGGAAAAUAGCUCCUGGUUUGGAUUUUGAUCAGCUGCAGUGUGACAGUAUCGAGCCUACAGUUUCAUUAAGGUCAGAUGUACAUCAUGAAAACAUAAAUGCUCCUGCAUGUAGCACAGUGCCACCUGAUGACCAGGUGUAUGAGCACCAUCCUUGCAGUUGCUGUGAAAAGAUAUUCACUACAAAUGCCAACAAGCAGCAGCAUGAGAGUACAGUCCACAAGAAGCGUCUGCAAAUUCCUCGUGUGGAACAAAGUGACGUACCCCAGAAGGAACACCUUAAGCAGAUUAUUAUUGCGGCGUCAAAUCAUAGAUCUGAGAUUGAAACAGAAGUUGUGGGGAAUGAAGUUGAAAGUACUGGAAACUACAUGCUCGAUGUAUCCAGCAGUUUCUCUGAGAAUCUCAGCUUCUACUUGAAUGGAAAAAUUGUGUCAACAAGCACAGUGAGUGGCUACGAAGCAGCUGAAGUUCAUGCUGCUUGUUCAACAUUGAUUGGACUGGAUACCCUGAUUCUGGAUCCGACCCAUUUGAACAUGGGAUUAACCAUUGAUUCCAUUCUGAGCAACCAAGAACUUUUGGGUCAAGCCCUUGCCAAGAGAAGAAUAGCAGUACCUCCUCUUUUACCCCAAAUUCAAACAGAACUGGAAUCUGAGGUGGUGGUGUCAUCCUCUUCCUCAGAAAUCGUAGCUUCGUUAAUAGAAAAUAUACUCCCUAAGAAUACAGGAUCCUCACUUGUCGCAUCAAACUCAACCGAUGUGUUUCUGUCCCCUAAAUUGGAUCAGAUACAAGAGACGCAGGACACACUGCUUACAGAUGGCCAAACAGAUUGCUCCUCUGUAUCUACUGCAACAGGAAGAUUCAAAAGAAGAACUGGAUCCCCACAAAGUUCUCACCACAUCACCGCAUCUGAUGAGGAAACGGCAAUGGCAGAAACAGAUGGUGAUGCUGCUACUUUACGGUACAUGGACACCCAGUAUAGCUCCAUUCUGCACCAGCUUGCCAUUGAAAAAGGAAAUGGAAUCAGAAGGAUUCAGGAAACUCAGGCAGCUCCUGUUUCAACAGAGAGCUGGCCUCCUGUAACUGCUGACAAAAGCUGUAGUCAGCAACCACUGGAUCUGUCCAAUACAAUUACACGAAAUGAAGUUGAUUCAUCAUAUGAUGCUGCGCUGGAUUUAAGUUUGCAAAAGAGGAACCUUGAGGAAUCCCAGCUGACAUCAAAUUUACUUUUGCCCUCAGAAGAUAAUUCAAAUGUGUGCAUGCAGGAGACGGCAGUCCUGAGUGUUGAAGAGCAAAAUAUUAGUCUCGCAAACCAUGAGACACCUUUUGUUUCAGACCUCACCAUUGUUACUAGUCCAAAUAUGGUGGACACUGUCACAGAGGGAGUUGUUUAUGGACUUUCUCUUCCCUCCUGCCCUCAAAAAUUUUCACCUGCCACCCACACACCUCUUGGUUUCCCACCAGCUUCACCAUGCACGAUAACAUUUGCUCCACCAACUACAAACGCAGUACUACCAAAUACGCCAUCAUUAAUCACGGUUCUUGCCCCACCUCUAUCUAUCCCUAGCCCCUCAAGCCAACCAAUCCAAGUGUUGGCUCCAAAUAUAUCCCCUGAGCCACUGUUACUUUGCGCAGAGAAUGCCAUUGAUUCUUCACAAUGUGAUAUAACCCCUGCAUUUGCAGCUACAAAUGCAGCAAACAUUGUCACACUAGCACAUCCACUCGAUCCCUUGUUGAAUCUACCUGGCCACAUGUUUCUUACGGAUCACAUUUCCCUUAACCCGCCAGUAAAUGAAGACCAUAACAUGCCUGAGAUACCAUUCACAACCACUGCUGCAUUAAACGAACCCCUCAUCAACUCGUGCAACAUCACAAGUAACACAGUGCUGAUAGAAUGCACAAUUUCCCUUGACUCUCCAGGGAACAUCCCCGCUGCUGUAACAAUGCACGACAAUACAGAGCCACCACUAUCCACGCAGAUGCUUGUCAAUCACAUAGAGCAGCAACAGAUUGUCUCAUUACCCAAUACCGCGACUGUGGACCCCACCCAUCUCAUGUCCUCUAUUGAAGAGUCUGUUACAUUGUCUUCAAGCACAUCAGUAAUGACAGAUAGACCUGCCAAGAAUGACGAGCCAGAACAAGGCCUCGAAGAAGAUAAUUUGUCGUCAAGCAUCUCAGUGAUGAAAGAUUGUCCCACUAAGGCUGAAGAAUCAGAACAAGGCCUCAAAAAAGAUACUUUAUCAUCAAGCACCUCACAGAUGAUAGAUUGUCCUGCCAAGACUGAAGAACCAAAGCAGAGCCUCGAAGACAAGUCUGCAAAUGCAGAUGAGAAGAAACCUGCUGACAGUACUGAUUCAGCAGGAGAAAUCACUUCUGACAACUCAAACCCUGUUGAGAAGGCUGAAGAAACAAAACCGCAAAACAUUGCGCCAACUGACACCGAGCAACAGACCUUCGCCAAGAACUUUAUCUGCAAUGUCUGCAACGUGCUGUUCCACUCAAUGAAAGAACUCGGCCAUCAUGUCAGCGACCAUGCUGAAGAAUGGCCCUACAAAUGUGAGUUCUGCGUUCUGCUCUUUGACAAGCCCACUGCUUUGCUUGACCAUCGAUCAAGCCUACAUGGUGUCGACAAGACUUACAUGUGCAGCGCUUGCCCCAAAGACUUUGUCUACCUUUGCAAUCUGAAACAGCAUCAGGAGGAGUUCCAUCCUGCACAGCAAUGUACAUUUACUGAAGAAGAAAAGGGAAAAAUCAGACAUCAGAAUUACAACCAUUCUACAAAAGUCGACAGAGAGCCUUCAUUGCCUGAUGUCUCUGAAAAACAGGUAAAAAAAGAAGACAGUGAAGUGGAUGUGGCUGCUGAAGAAUUGUUUACAACCAUUAAAAUCAUGGCCUCAGAUGGAGGCAAACUCAAAGUUCCUGACGUACGUCUUGGCAUUAACCAGCACUACCCCAGCUUCAAGCCUCCGCCCUUUCCAUACCAUAACAGAUCACCCGCUGGAUCGCUGGCCUCAGCCACAAAUUUCACUACCCAUAACAUUCCACAAACUUUCAGUACGGCCAUUCGGUGCACCAAGUGUGGAAAGAGCUUUGAUAACAUGCCAGAACUACACAAGCACAUCCUUGCUUGUGCCAGUGCCAGUGAUAAGAGGCGGUACACGCCCAAGAAGAAUCCCAUCCCACUACGCCACUUUGCAAAAAAACAAAACGGAGUCCUGUCUCUUACCAAUUCAGAAAAUGAAUCGAAUGCCUCAAAUAGAGCAAGCCAAUCCAAUGGAUCUACAACAGAGUCAUCUUCUGUCAAGAUUCAGUUGAAAUUACUGAACAAAAGGAAACGAAAACUGGGCCAAAGGGUCAUGCCGCAGAGGAACAAGUCCUUGUCAAAUAAAAUAUCCCCUUCACAUGUGCAGGAGGAGUUAUUUGUUUGCCCUCACUGCAGCAGGGAGUUCACAAUGCAACGCAGCCGAACCAAACACAUGGCAGUCUGUCCCAAAAAACCUAGAGAAGUGAGGACAAGGAAAUCGGAAGAGAUCUCUGUGACAAAGGAAAACAAUGGACAAAUUCAUAGUGGGCUCCCCCACAUUAACGAGCAACGAAUCUCAGCACAACCUAGGACAAGACUCCAGACAUCAACGCCAGUUAAAAGGCCCAACUCACCACCUUUACUAAAAAGUAUUUCUAGUAAGAGGCCUAAGCUAGAAGAUGCCAAAAUGGACAUUUCCACUUUAAACGAACUCCAUGUAGUUCGUUCUUUCAACCGCCCUCUUCGCCAGUACACACGGCUGCAUCAUGGCAUUAAACAAAUUCCGUCGACACAACAAAACGAGACGCAUGCACCGAGCCGAGAGGAAACCACUGCCAGUGGAAGCUCUUGA